UCCUUUCGUUCCUCCGCGUCUCUACCAUGUAGAAGAGAAGGCGUAAGAGCCAAUGGUAGAUUUUUUGGUGUUAAUUCAGGCUUUUACGUAAUUUCUUUUCUUCUAAAUCGUAACUUUCUAAGCUAACUAAACAAAAAUGAAUAUUAUGUCGACGAACACCAAACGGGCCGGGUUAUUUGGCUGCCUUAUUUUUCCACAAAAUGGAGUCAUGCACUACGGAUCAGAGGAUCCCACCCAUCAGCUCCCCAUGGGCGCCGGUGUGGACACUCUUCACGGUCACGUAGAGACCCCCAAGCGACCGAAGAACCUGGAUGUAGCUGCGGUGAACGGGUACGCGUCGAAAAACCUCCGGGAGGACAGCGAAGACGUGGACGACGGGUCUCUGCCGUGCACACCGGAGCUGCACUCGGACAGUGAAGCGGACGUGUCGUACAGUGCAGCGGGGAGCGAAGUGCUCGAGAGCGACACGAGGCAGCUCCUCAGCCGCUACUUCUCGGAAUUUACCGGACUUUCAAAGACUCAAAGAGGCGAAAGUAAACCCUUAUCUACUAUGAAGAGGGUCGUGGAGGACAUUCUGGCGAAGCACAGAUACGCAUACAAUGGUAUGAUCAACAGAUUAUCUAUGGAAGAGAGAGGGGGAGAUUUGAGGUUCCUCCAGUCUGUAGCCAGGACCCUUUUCUCAGAUGGGAGCACCAACUGGGGUCGUAUUGCCAGCCUGGUGGCCUUCGGGGCAGUUGUGUGUCAACACAUGAGGGAGCAAGGCAGGCCAGACUGUGUGGAGCUGGUGGGCCAGGAGAUUUCCACAUACCUGCUGAGUGAACAGAGAGACUGGCUGAUCAAGAACAACUCCUGGGAUGGUUUUGUAGAGUUCUUCCAUGUAGCAGACCCUGAGUCUACGGUCAGAAACACGCUCAUGGCUGUUGCAGGAUUUGCAGGCAUAGGGGCAACUCUGGCCCUGCUCAUCAGGUGAAUUUGAACACUCAGAACUUUAUUUUUUUUUUUUAUGGACUCUUCUUCAUUCGAGCAGCUCCACUGCUUCAUGUUGGACUUAAGAAGAUGGAAAGAAAAGGAAAGCAUAGACUGUUAAUGUGAUGCUUACACCAGUAGCUCCUUCCAAUUUCUUCAGACCGUCCCCACACACAGCCACAUCUGCAUCAUCUGUCCAGUUUUUUUGGUCAAAGAUGAAAGAAAAGACUUUGCUUCCACCAUAUAACAUCUUAAUUAGGCGUUAUUUAAUUUUCAAAGAAAUUUAUUUUUGUAAUAAGUGUACAAUAUGUUAUAUAAAAAUUGAAAUGGUUAUUGGGAGUCAGUUGACCUGAUCUUUGCUAUAUUUUUCGCUUAAUUAUGUUGAGUUUUGUUUGAAAUUUCUAUCACAGCUGUAGUGGUAAAGGUUUGAAAACGAGUCCCAGGCCAAAACGGGAAGAGCAAGCUGCACUAGUCCCUGUUGUGCAGCCAUGAAGCCCAUUCACAACCCUCGGAUCCUCUUUCUGAACUUCUCUUUCAAGCGAGGAGCAGAGGGGGGUGGAUUUGCAUGAGUGUAGCUGUACUUCCGCGUUUGCGAAAAGAGUUGGAUCUGCAUAAGGAAACGAGCCCAAGCACAAGCUGGACUGUUGACUGUACAGGAUCCUGGACAGCCUGGAGUCGGUCUGGGGGAGAACAAGUCACGAGGACGGAGAGUUGGAAAAACAAUGCAAACUGGACUAAACGACUCCACCAAAGCUCACGGUCGCCGGGAAAAGAAAGCAGGCCUCACAAGAGUGAAAACGGACACUGAUCAAUAGUACAGAUCCAGUUGUAAGCUAAGCUCAUCUGUAUAGAAGAAUAAACAAAGUGAGACUUAAUUUACA